UCAUAGUAUACCAUAUCAUAAAAAAUUAAAAAAAUAGACUAAAGUUUAGUAAACUGUUGAAAAAUAUAAAAUUGUUGAACCCAAUAAAGAGGCAUAAAUGAUGCUACUUCAUCAAAAUCUCCGCUCAAAUAUUGCUCGCUUUCUCUGCAUUCCUCUAACCGUCACCGUCGUCCUCUCCUCCGCUCUUUCCCUUCCACCUCUUCCUUCAACCACCGCCGCCGCCGCACUCUCUCACCGCCACCGCCACCACCACCACCGCCGUCGAUUCACCUCCGUCUCGCCGAUGAGUUCGCCGCCGCAUGCCCUGUCUCAGUCUCACUCUCCACCUCCUCCGGUGGCGAAGAAGGUGGAGCACGUGAUGGAGCUGUUCGGAGACGUCAGGAUCGACAACUACUACUGGCUCCGUGAUGAUUCCCGCUCCGAUCCUGAGAUGCUCUCGUAUCUCCGCCAAGAGAAUGCCUACACCGACUCCAUCAUGUCUGGGACCAAAGAGUUUGAAGAUAAGCUUUUUGCUGAGAUAAGAGGAAGGAUUAAGGAGGAUGACGUGUCUGCGCCCUUGCGCAGAGGGCCUUAUUACUAUUACAAGAAAACCAUGGAAGGAAAGGAGUAUGUUCAAUACUGUAGGCGUCUUGUACCUGAUAACCAAAAGGUUCCAUCCGUGCACGACACCAUGCCCACAGGACCUGAAGCUCCUCCUGAGCAUGUUAUUUUGGAUGAGAAUAUCAAGGCACAACAGCACCAAUACUACAGUAUUGGUUCUUUCAAGGUUAGCCCAAAUAACAAGUUGGUAGCUUAUGCAGAAGAUACUAAAGGAAAUGAAAUAUAUACUGUUCAUGUCAUUGAUGCUGAGACUCAGGCUCCUAUUGGAGAGCCUCUUGUUAAUGUAACAUCGUACCUUGAAUGGGCCAGUGAUGGUGCUCUAGUUUAUGUCACAAUGGACAGUAUUCUCAGGCCUGACAAGGCAUGGCUUCAUUUGUUAGGAACUGAACAAUCAAACGAUACUUGUCUUUACGAAGAAAAGGACGACACAUUUUCUCUUGACCUUCAAGCGUCCGAGAGCAAGAAAUUUUUGUUUGUUGCAUCAGAAAGCAAAAAUACAAGGUUCAAUUUUUAUCUGGAUGUUUCCAAACCUGAAGAGGGUCUCAAAGUUCUGACACCACGUGUGGAUGGUAUUGACACAACUGUCAGCCAUCGUGGAGAUCAUUUCUUUAUUAAGAGGAGAAGUGAUCAAUUUUUCAAUUCAGAGGUUGUAGCUUGUGCUAUCAACAACACUUCGUCAACUACAGUUCUUAUUCCCCAUAGGGACAGUGUAAAAAUUCAGGGUAUACAACUUUUUAGUGAUCAUCUUGUCGCGUCCGAGAGAGAAAAUGGUCUACCAAAAAUAAUAGUUUAUCACCUUCCACCUGUUGGUGAACCACUAAGGGAUCUUGAAAGCGGUCAAGCAGUUAGUUUAAUUGAUCCAGUGUACACAGCGUACCCUUCAGAGUCAGAGUUUUCGUCAAGUAUUUUACGGUUUUCAUAUAGCUCAUUGAGGACGCCUCCCUCUGUAUAUGAUUAUGAUAUGAAGGCAGGCGUUUCAGUUUUGAAGAAGAUUGACUCGGUUCUUGGAGGAUUUGAUGCAACACGUUAUGUCACUGAAAGGCAGUGGGCAAGUGCUUUGGAUGGAACUUUGAUUCCCAUAUCACUUGUUUACCGUAAAGAUCUUGUGAAACUUGAUGGAUCAGAUCCAUUACUACUUUAUGGCUAUGGGUCUUAUGAGAUAUGCAUAGAUCCCGGUUUCAAAUCAUCAAGGCUUUCAUUGUUGGAUCGGGGUUUUAUAUAUGCUAUAGCUCAUAUACGUGGAGGUGGUGAAAUGGGGAGGCAGUGGUAUGAGAAUGGGAAGCUGCUGAAGAAAAAGAAUACUUUCACUGAUUUUAUUGCAUGUGCUGAAUACUUGAUUGAAAAAAAAUUAUGUUCUAAGGAAAGACUUUGCAUCGAAGGAAGAAGUGCUGGGGGUUUGCUAAUUGGUGCAGUUCUUAAUAUGCGACCGGAUUUAUUCAAGGCUGCAGUUGCUGGAGUACCUUUUGUGGAUGUUGUGACAACAAUGCUUGAUCCAACAAUACCUCUCACUACUUCAGAAUGGGAGGAAUGGGGUGAUCCCAGGAAGGAGGACUUUUACUACUACAUGAAAUCAUAUUCCCCCGUUGAUAACGUGAAGGCACAGAAUUAUCCAUACAUUCUUGUUACAGCUGGACUAAAUGACCCUCGGGUUAUGUAUUCUGAACCUGCAAAGUUUGUCGCAAAACUGAGGGAUAUGAAGACUGAUGAUAACAUCCUGCUAUUUAAAUGCGAACUUGGUGCUGGGCAUUUUUCAAAAUCAGGAAGAUUUGAGAAGCUCCAGGAAGAUGCCUUCACUUACAUAUUCAUCCUGAAGGCUCUAAACAUGACUAGUCGGCUUUAGUCUUGAGAUGCAUGAGGCAUUGAUGCAGACAGAGAUGGGGGCUAUUGGUUCAUUCGUGGUUUAAUUGAGAUCUGGCCCUGUAAUGUUAGACGUUUGCAUAGCAUUACAUAGCCAAUGUUAGGACUUUCAUAGAGAAAAUCUGAAAUUACCGUGUUUGCAAUUAGCUCCGCUAAGAAAUAAGCGAGUCAUUGACACAAAUCUAUUAACAAUUUAUCUUAUUGAGGUAAAAAUAUUUUAUGGAUAAGCAUAAGCUUAUUCAUAAGCUAAUAUGUAUAGCUUAUGGAAAUAAGCCAAAAACAACAUAUAGAUGGACCAUAAAUUGUUUAUAUAAGUUUUCUCAAAUGCUUGCAUAGUUA